ACAGUAACAAUCAGGGAUUUUUUAGUUCUGUUUGUUUUCACAGUGUCAUUUGUAGACUUUAAUGCUAAUUGUUAACCAAAGGCUAUUAUAAAAGUGAGAAGCAGAUUUUUGUGUUCAGACCUACUGAAGCAGUUUGACCAUUACAGAAGAACUAAACCGGCUGAUUUCCCAGGAUGCCUCUGCACUGCCGUGCCAGCCACAUGUUCCUGCUCAUAUGCGCUCUUUCCUUAUGUCUCGAGUCCGUGAGAGGCGGCACCAGCUUUCUCAGUCCUGCUCAGAAACCACAGGGUCGAAGGCCCCCACGGGUGGGCAGAAGAGAUGCUGCUGAUUCAGAGAUCCCAGUGAUUAAAGAGGAUGAUCAGUUCAUGAUGAGUGCUCCGUUCGAACUGUCCGUGUCUCUGAGUGAAGCAGAGUAUGAGAAAUACGGUCCUGUGCUGCAGAAGGUUCUUGUGAAUCUUCUUAGUGAUUCUCCAUUUGAAUUCUGACAAGAGCUACCAGUCCUACGAGAAUCAAUUCCUUAUAAAUCAAAAAUUAUUCAAAAUUUAAAUCAUUUUCUAACAGCAAUUUGACAAAAUAAAGGAUGACAAAUAA